GUCAGAGUCAGAUUGUUGUCCUGAGAAUUUGCGUGUGUGUGUUUCGUGAUGAGUUAAUUUUGGUUUAACCUAACAAUAUCGAUUUGCGCCUGGAUUAAUUUAUUUACAUUUUUACCAAAUUAAUGAAACUCUAACCUAUAGCUUAUGUCACAAUAUUGUGUCAGUCUGUGAGUGAAGUGUUUUAAGAGGUUAGGUAAACAAUAUUUGAGGUUAUGAUUUCUUUUGAAAUAGGACUUGAACUUAUCAGUUUUUCCAAAAUAUUGCAAUGGGUGUUCAUGGACUAUGGAAACUAAUAGAGCCCUCUGGAAAGCCAGUUCCAGUUGAAUCGCUUGAAAAUAAAGUUUUGGCUGUUGACGUGUCAAUAUGGUUACAUCAGCUGAUGAAGGGCUACCAAACACCAGCUGGGGCGAGUGUCUCCAACGCAUACCUGCUUGGACUCUUCAGCCGAGUCUGCAAACUGCUCUUCACCAAUGUCAAACCUGUCUUUGUCUUCGACGGAGGUGUUCCACAGCUCAAAAAGAAAACCAUUGCUGCGAGACAACAGCAGAAAAGCAAGUCGGUCCAGGCGUCGGAAAAGUUGAGAGAGCAGCUUUUGAAGAACUUGUUGAAACAGAAAGCUGUCAGCCAAGUGUUGGAGGAAAUCAGAGGACAGACAAGUCCGAAGAAAAAGGCUCCAGACAUGUUCGAACUGCCUCCCUUACCCCAAGAAGAUUCUGCAUCAGAAGUGGAAGAGAUGUCGGAGAGUUCGGAAGAGGAUGUGAAGCCAGUGAAGAUGAAGUACAAGGACCUGCACUGUGUUGAUGUCAAGAGUGCAGAGUUCAGAAGUCUUCCUGCAGACAUGAGACAUGACAUCCUCACUGAACUGAAGGAGACGAGGAAGCAGAGCUCGUGGGGCCGCAUACAUGAGAUGCCCGAGGAGUCAACUGAUUUCUCAAAAUACCAGAUGUCCCGUCUGUUGAAGCGGCGCUCAGUUCAAGUGUCUUUGGAGGAGGCCGAGAAGGAGAUGGGAGGCCGCACUUUGAGUUUGCACGAUGUAGAAGCGCUGAUGGCUGAGGGAGGGAUCGAAAUAAACCCGCAACUGGGCAAAAGGAUUGCAUCUGACGAUGUCACUAGGUUUAUAUACGUUAGAGAAAGUGACAAGCAGUCCCAAAUUCCUACUGGGGAGAAUAGUACACAAUCUGAGAAUAUCAGAAAAGAAGAAAACUCCCAAGAGCCAAAGAGUGUAUCAAAUGUGAAGAUCAAAGAGGAGAUUAUAAGCAGUGAUGAACUUUCUGAUUCUGAAAUAUUGAAGGAAGUAGAAGCAAUUGAAACUAUACAUAGGAUAAAGGAAGAAACUGAAAACGUUGCUAAUAGAGAAGAAAAUAAUGAAUUCGCAACUGAAGACAUCUUUGAAAAUGACUCCAGUUCAGAAGAAACGUUUUUAAACGAUGUAAACGUAAUUUUGAAAGAAAACCGAGGUCUUUCUCAAGAACAAAUUUUAGCAAUUAUCAGAGAUCAGAAUAGAGACAAGAUAAAUCAGAUUGAUCCCAACGCACCAUCUACAAGUAAAGAGGGAAUUUCAACAGAAGAAGGUUCGUCAGCGCAAGAUUUAGAAGUGGAAGAUAAAACUGCUUCGAAAAAUUCAGCAUCUACAACUAACCCUCAAGAGAAAGCUUCAGACAUGCUCUAUUUCAAGAUGAUGGAUAGAAUGUACGGUUUCAAGAAUAAAAUGAAAAAAGGUAAAAAUUCAUCGGCCAAAAGAGGAGCAAAAGUUAAUAAAAGUUUUGUUCCAAAUCUUGCUACUGGUAAACGAAGGCCGUCAGAUUCAAAACCUGCAGACUUAUCUUCUUUAGCAUCAAAUACCAGUGAUUCUGAUAGAGAUUCUGAUCAUAAUUUGCCUUGUAAUGUCUCGAAGAUGGUAUCACCAAACAUGGCGAGUAUUUCUCUCUUUAAGAAAAGACCAGAAAGUAAACUUAACACGGUUGAAGAACACACGGCUACAAACGGAGCAAACAAAGUCGCAGAGUUAUCAUCUAGUGAAUCAGAUAAUGACUUCGUUGAAGUUAGUCCAUCUAAACAAAUGGACGAGAGUGUCAACGAUACUAAAGAAACUGUUGCUGGGAUAUCUAUUGAAAUUCAGCCAAAUACGGGUCCUAUUGAAAAUGACAUUUUUGCAGACAUAUUUUCACAAGAGAAUAAAGAACCUGUUAGUUUGGAGAAGAAAAUGAAUUAUAGAAUCCUGAUUGAAGAACCAACAGAGUUACAAAUCAAAAUAAAUCCUACUAAAAGUUCUAUUGAUGAUGAUAUAUUUGUUGAUGUACUUACCGAAAAUAAAAGCCGUAACAAGGCAAAUAUGGACUUUAAAAAUGUGGAUAAAAUAGAUAAUAAAAGCAUUGGUGGUACAAAUGUUGAUACUCUUAGUAUUACACAGAAGAAAAGUAACCAAGAAAAUAUACGUGAGAAGAACAGUGAAUCAGAAGAAUCCUCAGAUGAUAUGUUACCCGUUACCGAAGAUCAGGAGGUUGCAUCAAAAGCUGAGGAAGAAACUGCAUUGCCUGAUAAAUCAACAGAAUACAAAGAUGACAACCAAAGUGAAACCCAGGACAAAGGAGAGAAAGAAAAGGACAACUCAUUAACUUUUCCUAGUGACAAUCCCCAAGAGUUAGAAGAUAGCGAAGUGGUCGAUGAUCCAGCCCCGAGAGAAGAAACGCCUUCUACUAGUGUUGAAAAACCAAAGAGGAAAUUAAAUAUGAAACAGUUAGAAAAGUUACAGGAAAUUUUGGAGACAAAGGAACAAGAAAUAGUGUUAGACCAAAACAAAGAAGACCGCAUGGCCACUUCUAUGACUGAUCAAAUGUAUCAAGAAGCUCAGGAGUUGUUACGGUUAUUUGGAGUGCCGUAUGUGGUAGCCCCUAUGGAGGCAGAGGCUCAGUGUGCAUUCAUGGACCUGAUGGGACUCACGCAAGGCUCCAUCACAGACGACAGUGACAUUUGGCUCUUCGGCGGCCGAACUGUCUACAAGAACUUCUUCGACCAGAAGAAGUUUGUGCUGGAGUUUAAAGCAGACAAUAUUAACCACUUUUUCAAACUGAACCGUAACGGCCUUGUGUUGCUGGCAUUGCUGGUCGGGUCAGACUACACGGAAGGCUUGGCGGGGGUUGGCCCCGUCACUGCCCUGGAGAUACUGUCCACCUUCCCCCCGCCACAGGGGAACACCCGGGAUUGUGGGGAGUUGCUGGCCAGUCUGUUGCAGUUCAAGCGGUGGUGGGAGUCAUCAGCACCUGGACAUCAGCAGCUGGCCAAGAAACUGCGGAACAUUGAUCUGCACCAGGGGUUCCCCAGCCAAGCCGUGGUGUCUGCUUACUUACAGCCGAGAGUCGACGAGUCCAGAGAGCCAUUCUCCUGGGGCUCCCCGGACCUUCCCGGAUUGCGGGACUACGCUGAGAGAAGGUUUGGCUGGAGUAGGAGCAGAACCGAUCAGAUAUUGCAGCCCGUCAUCAACAGACUGUCUCAGAAAUCUUCUGUUGUAUUCGAGAAUGGCGGAUUUCUGAGGCUUCACAUCUCUUGGGUUAAAGUUAAUAAGAUGAAGCCCUUCUAA